AUGAACACAAAUGACCCUUCGCCGCCACCGUCCGGUACACCGGCCCAAUCCGCUCAAGCGGAACGAUUGGACGCAGUCCUGGCGAAUACGAAAACUCCAGUGCCUAAGAAGCCGAAAAAAUCCUCGGUCUCUCGUCGCAAGAAGGGGGGCAAUCGUAAGGAUACGCAUGCUGAGACCGCCCAUGAACAUACUGGCACCGGGGACGAUGCUGGGACAACUAGUGGGGCGGUAGGGCAGCCAACGGCUCAAAAUACAAGGCCAUCGCUCGGUGUCGCAUCGCCGAGCUCGUCUCUUCUGUCGCCCUUUCCGAGUGACACUAGCGCUGAAGUUCGUAUUGCCGGUCCGCUACCGCCGUCGGAUGCUCCGGUGACAAGCAACGCAUCCGCGGAAAUGGCAUUGCAUGCCGCCAAUGGCGAGCAACCUGCGCCGGCUUCAUCAGGUCAUACGACGCUGCAUGGUGCCAUAGCGCCUGCGGGAGCUACAUCAAUACACGCCCAACACGGAUUAACAUCCGACAACACGUCAUCGCUAUUCCCAAUCAAUGACACUGUUGACAUGUUAUCGUCACCGGCUGGUCCAUACAUGAUGCGUCCGCUCGUACCCGACACUCUACAGCAUGGCGGGCCCGACCGCUCGUCAUGUGUUUCUGACGACUUGUCAUCUGGAGCUGGACAAGCGACCUCAUCCCCCUUCUCUGCAUUGCACGGGCAGGCCUUGGAUACAACAAAGCCGUUGGGAAGGUUCCUGUCGACCUUGAAUUUGGCAGAGAUUGCCGUACAACGUGAUAUGAAUGGCAUUGCCGGUUCAACGUCGGCAUACGGGAACAUGAUGCGAUUUCCCCCGAUGGCGCCCUGGAAGUCUGAGUUCCUCGCCACGACUCAAUCUACGGCAUUUCAUGACACCAAUGAACCUACGCACCCACAUGUACAGCCUACCAACGAUAUGACUUUUGUCUUCCCGGAUCCAUUACCGACCGCUAUAUCUCUCGACCCAUUACCAAUUGCCACACCUACUCCACCGCCGGAGUCAAACGCAAAUGAUGCUCACAAGAUUGCCGCCUUCCCUGAUUCAGCUCUUCCACGUGCACCCUCGGUCCCGCUCGCCAUGUCGGAUUUCAACAGAAAUAUCCCUGUUAUUGCAAGCGGGAAUGGCACGCCAUCAAUCCCGCUCGCCGCGCCAAAUUUCGAUGGAAAUGUCCCUGCUAUUGCAGGCGGGAAUGACGCGCCCUUGGUCCCGCUUGCCGCAUCGCAUUUCAACGAAAGUACCCCCGCUAUAGCAAGCGGGAAUGACACGCCCUCGGUCCCGCUCGCCGCAUCAGAUUUCAACGGAAGUACCCCCGCUAUGGCAGGCGGGGUUGACACGCUCUCGGUCCCGCUCGCCGCGUCAGAUUUCAACGGGGAUGUUCCCGCUAUGGCAAGCGGGACUGGCCAUAGCGAUGAUCAUGCACCCCCCGCGCCUGUCCUUGGUACAGAUGUCGAGAAUGAUGACGAUUGGGAAGAUCUUGACAUUGCAAGCGAUUCUGAGUCCGAAGAUGACAACGAGAUCGUCGACGGGGACGGUGGUGACGGCGCCCAACGUUCUCGCCCUGGACGGAUCAGCGCCAAGGCAAAAGAGAAGCUCAAGGCUUUCCUAUCGUAUGCGGAUGCAUUUAAACGAGAACUGGCGGCGGAGACGGGGAGAUCGUUAGAUGUUGUCGCGAGAUGGAUUGGUCGGCCGCCGCUCAUCAUGUCGCGGGCGGAGAACCGUUGGCAAGUAUGGCAAGCGUGGUAUGCCGUACAUCAUCCGCAGAUCAAAGCUACCUUAGAUGGGUCGGUAGAAGCGGAGGACUCGGACACGUUUGCACGGCGUACAAGGCAGGCUUAUCACCAACGUCUCGCGGGCUGCAAAACCUGGAAGGAGAAGAAGGCGGUGAUGCAAGACUGCUACGAUUGGUGGCGCGCAAUCCGGGGCGAGUAUGUGUGCUCACUCAUCAAGAAGGGGAAGACUGGCAAGUUGGUUACUCUCGCUGCUCGUCAGAUCAGUGCUAUGUCCGAACAUUGGCACUCGCAAGCCGGACUUCAUGUCAUUGGCAUCAUCAUGGACACGACCCGCGGCGACUAUAUUAUGACAGGGGGCUCCCCUGUCUGGCCGCGGAUGAAGGAUAACUUCUCAACGAAUUUGCACAAGUACAUGUUGGAGUGCCGCUCGCUCGUGUCGAUCCUAGAGCAGAAUCCAGAUGGCACCCCUGCCGUCACUGACGAGCAACUGAAGGGGCUCAUACCCAUGAGCACGAUGGAUUCUCCGGACGGCAAUCUUUCGCUGAAUAUUGGACCCGGCACGUCAGAGGUCAAAGACGAUAAGCGCGAUGGUAGUGACAAGGAGCUGCGACAUAUCAUGAUAACGCUGUACAAUAAGCAUGUGAGGAAGCCAGUCAAAAAGUUCAAGUGGGGUACGAUCUUGGAGCUCUGCGUCUUGAACAACCUCACCAUAUACAACUGGAGCCCGAAGGCGACCAUGACCAUCAUGAAACUCCUCGACAAGAAGACGAAGGUCCAGAAAGAAACUGUCGCCUUCAAAUUUCGAAAGAAUGGCGACGCAAUCGCGGAUCUUGUUGCGAACUAUAACUCCGGGAACGCGGCGCUGGCCAUCGAGAAAUGGUCAACAGGCAAGUAUUCAAUCGCGUUCAAACCAUGGCGCGCACGUGUGGGGAUACCCAUUCUUCUUGCUUUCGUUCCGAAAGACAUGAAGAACACGGGCGGCCUGGACAUUAUCAACACGGCAUAUGGUCUGCAGAUCGUCCUGUAUCGCGCCGGGGUUACGCAGGCAUAUCUUGAAGCCGUUGCCGCAGAGGAGGCGGGUUUGACUUGUCCUGGAAAAGGUCGGAAAGCUUCUGCCAAGAAGACGAAACGUACGCCCGAGUCGACGACGGAGCGUACGGAACCUUUAGAGCCUGCUGAGGCCGGGCCGUCGUCUCGGCCAGUGCCAGCACGCAAUGACGGCCGCUCCGCAAAACCGUCCGCGUCUUCAUCGAAGAGCGCACGCAGAGGGCAUGUGUUGGGCACGAUUGCCACGACUCAUCACUUUGAUAACCCACUCCUCAAAGGGCGGAUGAAGAUGAAAAAUAUGCCCUACGUCGAGACCAGCGACGAUGAGCACAUCGGCGCUCCUGGAACCGACAUUCCCGGACGCGUGCCACCAUCCGGCGUUGCUACGGCACUGCCCUACUACGGCCACUUGCCUACCGUGCUAGGGAACCAUAUCGACAUUCAGACGCAAAGCGAUGGCGAUGGUCGUUCAAACGACACUAUCACUUCGCAGCAAUAUCUACCCCGCGUCGAGGUGGAGACUAGGGUAGAUCGGCAUGGCAUCCGCAACGAUGAGGACGAAAACGAGGACGAGGGCGAGGAGAGCAGUGACGAGGAUGAGGAAAGCAGUGACGAGGACGAGAACAGCACUGAUGAGGACAGCGAGGACAAGAGCGAGGACGAGGAGGGCGACAACGGUAACAUCGAAAGCGAGGAAGACGAGGGGAACGGAGCUGAAUCCGGCGCAGGUAACGACAUCUACAUUCGCCCCAAUGCUGGUGGCGAUGUUGCGGGGAUGCCCAAUUUAAUCCCGAUGCCGAAUGGUCCAGACGCGGGCGAUUUCUCUGACGACCAGCACUAUGCCGCGUAUGGGCGCGCUGACAACGUUGCUCAAGGCUAUCCUGAUAGCUGGAACUUCGACAUGCAAUAUCAACAUCAAGAAUACCCGUUUGCUCAAACUCACGCAGGCCCCACGGCGACGGAUUCCCUGCAAGCGAUUGCCGAGGUCUCGGAAGCAUCCACGGAAGCCAGCGCGAGUUUGGAGUGUGGAUCUCCGAUGCGUCUACUGGACCAGAACGGCGAUCAUGGUGGCGAUUGCGUUGUACCCCAGUAUCCGCCCCAGGUCAUCUUGCAAUCUAUGAACAAUCAGAACCGAUCGUGGCCGGCGAACGACCCUCCCAACCCCCGCUGUAUCACGCACCCGCUCAGCACAUGUGGAACGCCGGACUACCGCCGCCUCUCGAUCGCCGCGUUCAUCAAUCGGUCCCAGAUGAUUCCCAACAUUCCCUGGUCAAUCAACCUCGUGCGCCUCGAAAUCAUGCCGCCCCGAUGA